AUGGCGCCCAAGCAGUCUAAAUGUGCAAAACAAACAGAGUGGUCGAGGAUGGCGCCCGACCUGGGACAGUUUGCGAGGCCUCUGCAUGUGAGCCUUCCUUGCGUGGGAAUCGAUGGCGCAGGGUUUGCCCUGACUGCUUUGAAGGUACCUUGGACGAGCAACAAUGUCUUUGACCUGGAGAAGCGGUACCAAACACAUUUGGAAAAACACCUUUGCACCAAACAGAUUCACUUGGGAAAGGACAUCAACGAACUGGAGUUACAUCACUUUGAGCGACCAGUGGACUUGCUGGUCAGUGGACCUCCCUGCCCCCCAUGGGCGGGGAAUGGAAAUCAUCAGGGCCUUCGCGACCAACGGGCCGAUGUGUUCUUGGCUGUCGUGAAGCUAGUCAUUAGCCUUGUGAAGGUAGGGGAGCUGAAGGCUUGUGUGUUGGAAAACGUCAAAGGCAUUUUGAGCAAGCCAAAAGGCAAGGAGAUGAGUUUUAUGGACUACCUGGUGGAUUAUUUACGGCACCAUUGCCCAGAGUUUGAUUGGGCGGUGGUGACUCUGAAGGCCCAAGACUACAUGUUGGCCCAACAAAGAACCAGAGUGUUCCUUCGGGGGAUGCGGACAUGUUUUGGAAUGGGCAUUGUGCCACCUCCAAUGGCGAUGUUUGGGCCGAGACCAUUGGUCGAAUUCCUCGACUUCUCUCUGCCGUCAGUGGAUUGGUCAGGUCUCACUGCAACAAUGACCCAAAACCUCAAGGAUUCACUGGAGGCAAUGAAGACAAUGCUUCAGACAGGAGAAGCUAAGGAAGAUGACAUCCUUUGCUUUCCACUUGACAGAGCAGAGGGGAAAGUGUACGUUCGAAGGUUCUCCAAAAACAUAGUGCCGACGCUGACUACGACCAACAAGUACCUCUUCCUGGCCUCUUUGGAUUUGUCCAAGAAAGAGACAGAUCGCAGAGUCUUCCGAUUUCUCAACCCCAAGGAGCGCAUGCUGUUGCAAGGGUUCCCUCCAAACACCUUGGAUGGCUGUCAUGAUGCUCUCAAGGUCCAGGCAAGUGGCAAUGCCUACCCAGUCCCACUUAUGAUGGCAGUGCUUGGGCCCAUUGUCAAGGACAUCAAGGAAGAUUUAUUGCAACCAUUUCCAGCAGAGCCCUUGAACAGCCCCCGUUGCGUUGCUCUUUGCCAUGACUUCGAGUGCUACAUGGACAAGCUUAAGGAACUGCUCGAAUUUCUCACAGUGAUGCAGUCCCAAGCCUCUGGACAGUCAGAGGAGAAGCAAACAAGGUUGCUGGAAGCAUGUUUGAGAGACUUUCUGGCUGGCCCAGAGAUUCCACUGAAUGAAGGGACGGUGAUGGCCAGAGAUGUGCAAGUCUCACCCAUACCACAAUGGAUGAAGGAGCGAGUCGUUGCAUGUGUGCAGGACAAGUUGUUGAAAGACAAGGCUGGGCCCAACGCUGAAAAAGCAAAUGGAAAAAAGGGAAAUGGAACCCAGAACAACCGGUUCUUGACCAACUACUUCACAAAGGAGGAGUGGGAUGAUCUGUGCUCUGAUGCAAAGAGUACAAACUCCAAGAUCCAGGUGGUGAAGGAGAGGUUCAUGAAAAUUGGCCUCCGCCAUCCCACAGAAAACACAUUUGUUUUGGCCAACGCAAUUCUCCAUGUGGCAAGCUUCCAUGGACCAAUCGACAUGAUGGAGUGCGACUUGAACAAAGCCUUUGAUGUACUCAAGGACAUCAAAGCGAUUCACCGGGCAUCUUUGAAAAGGAUGGUGAGCUCAGGUCUUGACAGCUACCCUGAAAACCCGUCAGACAUGGGUGCAGAGCUGUUCAACCAAGCAUACAGACAUGGACCUCCAGCCCAAUGCCCGAUGGAUGUGAUGGUCAUCCAAAAAUUGGCGGACCUGUUGCCAGCAAGAGGCACCCACAGUGAAGUGACCCGCAGUAAGGUCAGAAUUGGGACGACUAAGCAAAAUGCCAUGUUUGGACAAGAUGCGAUGAUGGGUCGCAUGAUGUGCGAUGUUUUCAUGGAUCGGUUCUUCAACCAUCAACCGUCGGGGGGUUCCUCCUUGCAACUGCUUGGGCCCCAGGCUCUUAAAAGGAAGAGAACCCAACUGGCUUUGGAAGAUGUCAAGUGUGAGGAUGUCUCCAACACCCCUGUGAAAGGCGAGGCGACGCAAAUUGCUGAGGGUGGUGAUGCAAAAACUGCUGACAUUGAUGAAAUGGCGGCAAGCAUUCGUGAGCAGUUGGAAAGCAACAAGGGGCCUGGGGGAAAGACUACACCACCUCCUGAAGCCAAGAGCAAGAAGGUCAAGAAUGUUAAAAAGACGAAGGUUCAAGAGUCAAAGGAUUCCAAAACCAAAGGGAAUGGAAAGAAGGCCUGUUUGAAAUUUCCAGGAACCACAACCCAAGGAGCGAUCCACCUGGAAACCUGCACCGUUUACACAUGCCCCAAGAGUUUGAACUGGCGUGUCAAAAAGAUUGGGGAGAAGACUGACAAGGCGUUCUCUUGGAAGAAGGACAAACCAUCUGAGGUGGUGUCCUGGUGUGCGGCACCUUGGCACCGUGAAACCGAGGGUCGGUUGCAUGUGAUCAUCCGAGGCAACUGGAUCUUGAAAUCCACCUUGGCCAACUUUGAAGGGAUGGAGGAUGAGGGACACCUAUAUGGCUUCGGUGACCCGACGGCGAAGCGCUCCAAGCUGCAGGAGAUUGUUCAGCAACGAGUCCAGGAUGUGGCGUUGGCCAAGCAGCAGCUGAGCAGCGACGCCUUGCAGAAGGAGGUGCUGAAGUUUCAGGAGCACUACGGGAAGCCACAGAGUUUAGUCGAGUGCAUCAGUGAAGCAGAAAAGAAGCCUUGGACUUUGGCGCUGGCGGCAGAGUUUAAGAGGGCUUCACCGUCCAAAGGCGACAUCAAUCCAGAUUUGGACGCAGCGGAACAAGCUUUGGAAUACACCCAGGUGGGCGCCAGCAUUCUGUCCGUCUUAACUGAGCCCAAGUGGUUUAAAGGCUCGUUGGAGGACUUGAAGAAGGUCCGUGUGAGGACCCAAGACUGGGCUAAUGAGGCAGGGCAAAGACGACCUGCUUGUCUUCGAAAGGACUUCUUGAUCGAUGAAUAUCAAGUCGAUGAAGCUCUGGCACAUGGUGCUGACACCGUUUUGUUGAUGGUCUCCGUCCUCAGUCGAUCCAAACUGCGCGCACUCGUGGAGUACUGCCGAGCCAAUGGCAUCGAGCCACUGGUGGAGGUGGUCACCAGCCGCGAACUGGACGUCGCCUUGAGCGUCGGUGCUCGGGUCAUUGGCGUGAACAACCGCAACCUACACACGUUGGUUCUGGACAAACAUCGCACUGCCGCCAUUGCGCAGGAGUUGCGAGAGCGCUCCAUCUCCUUCGGCCGUGGCGAGAGCACGAAGCUUCUGGCGCUGAGCGGCCUGGCCACGGCAGAGGACGUGGCACAGUGCCGAGAGAUCUCCUGCAGUGGAAUUCUGGUGGGCGAGGCUUUAAUGCGAGCCAGCGAUCCAGGCGCUGCGAUCCUAGCGAUGAUGGGCCCAUCCUCGGAUGGGGCUCUACCAGUGCGACCGGGCGAAGUCUUGGUGAAGGUCUGCGGCGUGCGACGCCCCGAGGAUGCGUUGUGCGCUGUGAAGGCGGGGGCGAACCUCAUUGGGGUGAUCUUCGCCAGCUCCAAGCGGCAAGCCUCCUUGGAACAGGUGCGAGCCUCGCGAGCCGAGUCCGGUGCCGAAAAAUUCACGCGUUUCAGGUGGUGGGAAGGGGUUUUGAUGGUGUUUGACUUUUAUGAGAUGAUAUGGAUGGACCUAGGAUGGACCUCUAGAUCUAGAGGUUUGCCGGCCUGA